UAAAAAAAUAAGAAAAAAUAAUAAUAAAAAGAUUGAGAAAGCCCCACCACCAGCAAAUCACCCAUCCUUUAGUAUAAAUACCUGCGUUCUAUUUCCCCAGAAUCCUUCAUCCCUCCAAAAUUUCGUCGCAUAAUACGUUGCUUAAUUUGACUUGACGAUUCGACUCAGUGAGUCGUCGUCAUCGUCGCUCGUGAGUUUCCAGUGAAAAUGGCCGGCGGUGGAUUGGCGGCGAGCCUUGAAGAUGUUAAAAACGAGAAUGUUGAUCUGGAGAAAAUUCCUAUAGAGGAAGUGUUUUCGAGUUUGCAAUGUUCAAGAGAAGGUCUGACGACAGAAAAUGCAACCAGUCGUCUUGAUAUUUUUGGACAUAACAAGCUUGAAGAAAAGAAGGAGAGCAAAUUACUGAAGUUUCUUGGGUUUAUGUGGAAUCCAUUGUCAUGGGUUAUGGAAGCAGCUGCAUUAAUGGCUAUUGUAUUGGCAAAUGGUGAUAACAGGCCACCAGAUUGGCAGGAUUUUGUGGGUAUUAUGGUACUUCUGGUGAUCAACUCUACAAUCAGUUUCAUAGAAGAAAACAAUGCAGGAAAUGCUGCAGCAGCACUUAUGGCUAAUCUUGCUCCUAAAACCAAGGUUCUUCGAGAUGGGAGAUGGGGUGAACAGGAAGCAUCAAUACUAGUCCCAGGAGACAUAAUUAGCAUCAAAUUAGGAGACAUAGUCCCAGCUGAUGCUCGUCUUCUUGAAGGCGAUUCUCUAAAGAUUGAUCAAUCUGCACUCACUGGAGAAUCUCUCCCUGUAACAAAGAACCCAGGUGAAGAAGUCUUCUCUGGUUCAACCUGUAAACAAGGUGAAUUAGAAGCAGUUGUAAUAGCUACUGGUGUGCACACUUUCUUCGGAAAGGCUGCACACCUCGUUGACAGUACUAACCAGGUUGGACACUUCCAGAAGGUUCUUACAUCAAUUGGUAACUUCUGUAUUUGUUCAAUUGCUGUGGGUAUGUUUAUUGAGGUCAUAGUCAUGUACCCAAUUCAGCAUCGUAAGUACAGGGAUGGAAUUGACAAUUUGUUAGUUCUGUUGAUUGGUGGGAUACCAAUUGCUAUGCCAACUGUGUUGUCUGUUACUAUGGCUAUUGGCUCGCAUAAGCUGUCUCAGCAAGGUGCUAUUACUAAAAGAAUGACUGCCAUUGAGGAAAUGGCGGGUAUGGAUGUACUCUGCAGUGAUAAGACGGGGACUUUGACGUUGAAUAAGCUAAGUGUGGACAGGAAUCUUAUUGAAGUAUUUGCAAAGGGAGUUGAGAAAGAACAAGUAUUACUUUUCGCAGCUAGGGCUUCAAGGACUGAAAAUCAGGAUGCAAUUGAUGCUUGUAUGGUUGGGAUGCUAGCAGAUCCAAAGGAGGCAAGGGCAGGGAUAAGGGAGGUCCAUUUUUUCCCGUUUAACCCUGUGGAUAAGAGGACUGCUUUGACUUACAUUGACUCUAACGAAAAUUGGCAUCGAGCUAGUAAAGGUGCCCCUGAACAGAUUAUCGAUCUUUGUCGCUGCAAGGAUGAUGUGAAAAAGAAGGUUCAUGCUGUUAUUGAGAGUUAUGCUGAUCGUGGGCUCAGAUCUCUAGCUGUUGCAACACAGGAAGUACCAGAGAGAACAAAAGAGAGUCCAGGAGGUCCAUGGAAGUUUAUUGGUUUAUUGCCCUUAUUUGACCCUCCCAGACAUGACAGUGCUGAUACUAUUAGUAAAGCCCUUAAUCUUGGUGUCAACGUUAAGAUGAUAACAGGUGAUCAGCUUGCCAUUGCCAAGGAAACUGGCCGUCGACUUGGAAUGGGUACCAAUAUGUACCCCUCUUCCUCAUUGCUUGGAAAAGAUAACAAUGUCUCUGGUCUUCCUAUUGACGAGUUGAUUGAGAAGGCUGAUGGUUUUGCUGGGGUGUUUCCUGAGCACAAGUAUGAAAUUGUGAAGAGGUUGCAAGAUAGGAAACAUAUUUGUGGGAUGACGGGUGAUGGUGUAAAUGAUGCACCUGCUCUGAAAAAAGCAGAUAUCGGAAUAGCAGUUGAUGAUGCAACUGAUGCUGCAAGAAGUGCUUCUGAUAUUGUCCUAACUGAACCUGGAUUGAGUGUUAUUAUCCAUGCUGUGCUCACUAGCAGGGCUAUUUUCCAGAGGAUGAAGAAUUACACUAUUUAUGCAGUUUCCAUCACAAUCCGUGUUGUGUUUGGCUUUAUGUUCAUUGCUUUGAUUUGGAAAUUCGACUUCUCACCAUUUAUGGUUCUAAUCAUAGCAAUUCUUAAUGAUGGAACAAUUAUGACAAUCUCAAAGGACAGAGUAGUGCCAUCCCCUCUACCAGAUAGCUGGAAGUUGAAAGAGAUAUUCGCCACUGGUGUUGUUUUGGGAGGUUACCAAGCACUAAUGACAGUGUUAUUCUUCUGGCUCAUGUCAGACACAACCUUCUUCGUGAAACAUUUUCAUGUAAGUCCAUUGACUCACGGACAGAUGAUGUCAGCCUUAUACCUGCAAGUGAGUGUUAUUAGCCAGGCCCUCAUUUUCGUCACAAGGUCUCGAAGCUGGUCCUUUAUCGAACGCCCUGGGUUGCUCUUGGUCUUUGCUUUCUUUGCUGCUCAGCUGGUAGCAACUUUGAUAGCUGUGUAUGCUAGUUUCAAGUUUGCAAGGAUCGAAGCUAUGGGAUGGGGAUGGGCUGGUGUUGUUUGGCUUUUCAGCCUGGUGACUUAUUUCCCCCUUGAUGUUCUGAAAUUUAUCAUUCGCUAUACCCUUAGUGGAAGGGCUUGGAACAAUCUUCUGGAAAACAAGACUGCUUUUACCACAAAGAAGGACUACGGAAUAGAAGAGAGAGAAGCGCAGUGGGCGACUGCUCAAAGAACCAUGCAUGGUCUCCAACCUGCAGAAACCACUACUUUAUUCAAUGAGAAGAACAGUUACAGGGAACUCUCUGAAAUUGCUGAGCAAGCCAAAAGGAGGGCUGAAGUUGCAAGGCUGAGGGAGUUGCACACAUUGAAAGGCCAUGUAGAGUCGGUGGUGAAGCUGAAGGGAUUAGAUAUCGACAACAUGCAGCAACAUUACACUGUGUAGAUCAGAAAACCCACAAAAAAAAAAAAAAGGAAAGACAGAAACAAGAAGAUGACUAGUUAGAAAUAAGUGUCCUUACAAACUCAAGGACACUUAAUGAAUUUUCUUAGCAAGUUUACAAGAGUCUGUUUAUUUAUUGAUCUUUUGUUUUGUUGUCCUCUCCUUUUUAAGAACAACACAAAAACUUCAUGUCUAACUGCAACAGAAAUAGCAGCAAUAGGUUAAUUUCUCUGCUUUUUUACGUUCAAUUCUGUGCUGUGUUUGGCUCCUUGGAAAUUUUGUAUACAUUGCAAUAAGCAGCCAGCAUUUUUGUACCUUUGAUACUUUGAUGAUGAUGAUGAUGAUGAUGAUGAUGAACAUCAGUUUUACAUGUUCUAAUUUAAUGUCACUGUUUUCUGCCGUA